GAACCGGUCUAUCAUCGAGCCGCUCGCUGGAACCCUCACCGUGGGAUAAGCAACGCGAUCCAGCUGAAGGGGCGGAGCUUUCAAAACUCCACCACCUCGAUCUCAUCGACUAGCCACUACCUUCUCAUUAUAACUCUCUCGAUCUCUAUCUCUGCCCCCUUCUCCGUUCUAGCUGAUCCCAGCGCUGCACUCUCUUCCGGUUUUAGGUUCACUCAUGGACUCCAUUGUCUACUGCAAGUCUCCGAGCUUGCCUACUACGGGUUUGUUUCCCAGAUUUGCUGGGGGAAUAAAAAGCUCAAGAUGUAUCUCCAGGCUGGGAUGGGCUUCCAAUUUCAGCAGCAUAUGUUCUCCAAGAAGAAAUGCCCGCAUGACCAGGAGAUCAAACAAUCACGGUGGAGCCCUUUGUGCAACCUGUCAGGCUGAGAAGAUUCUUGUGGCUAAUAGAGGAGAAAUUGCUGUCAGAGUUAUUCGAACUGCACAUGAAAUGGGAAUACCUUGUGUUGCUGUGCACUCCACAAUAGACCAGGAAGCUCUUCAUGUGAGGCUAGCAGAUGAAGCUGUAUGCAUUGGUGAAGGUCCAAGUAGUCAGUCGUAUUUGGUGGUUGAAAAUGUCCUAGCUGCUGCCAUCAAUCGUGGUUGUACUAUGUUACAUCCUGGUUAUGGUUUCCUGUCCGAGAAUGCUAAUUUUGUUGACACCUGCAAACAACGCGGUAUCAACUUUAUUGGCCCCAAUCCUGACAGCAUUCGAGUAAUGGGGGAUAAGGCUACAGCUAGGGAAACAAUGAAGAACGCGGGUGUUCCCACAGUACCUGGAAGCGAGGGAUUGCUGCAGUCAACAAAUGAAGCCGUGAAGCUUGCUAAUGAAAUUGGCUUUCCAGUCAUGAUCAAGGCAACUGCAGGUGGAGGAGGACGUGGAAUGCGUCUAGCUAAAGAACCAGAGGAGUUUGUGAAACUACUACAGCAAGCCAAAAGUGAGGCACAAGUUGCAUUUGGAAAUGAUGGAGUUUAUUUGGAGAAAUAUAUCCAGAAUCCAAGGCACAUUGAGUUUCAGGUUCUUGCCGAUAAGUAUGGAAAUGUCGUACAUUUUGGAGAGCGUGAUUGUAGUAUCCAGAGAAGAAAUCAGAAGCUUCUAGAGGAAGCUCCAUCCCCUGCUUUGAACCCAGAACUCCGGAAGGCUAUGGGUGAUGCAGCGGUGGCAGCUGCUGCAUCUAUAGGUUAUGUAGGUGUUGGCACUAUUGAGUUUCUCCUUGAUGAACGAGGCUCUUUCUACUUUAUGGAGAUGAACACCAGGAUACAGGUAGAGCAUCCUGUCACAGAAAUGAUUUCUUCAACUGACUUGAUUGAGGAACAGAUUCGCGUAGCUCUUGGAGAGAGGCUGAGAUACAAACAGGAAGAUAUUGUUCUAAGAGGGCAUUCAAUUGAAUGCCGCAUUAAUGCGGAAGAUGCCUUCAAAGGUUUUCGUCCCGGGCCUGGUAAGAUCACAUCAUACUUGCCAUCUGGAGGUCCAUUUACUAGAAUGGAUAGUCAUGUUUACCCAGGCUACGUGGUGCCCCCAACUUAUGAUUCCCUACUUGGAAAGCUUAUUGUUUGGGCACCAACCAGGGAGAAAGCAAUUGAAAGAAUGAAAAGGGCCCUGGAUGACACUGUUAUCACAGGAAUUCCUACAACUAUUGACUAUCAUAAGCUAAUUCUUGAAAUUGAGGACUUCAAAAAAGGAAAAGUGGACACUGCAUUCAUACCAAAGCAUGAGCAGGAACUGGCUGUACUCCAGGAACGGGUCCUAUCUACCGCAGGCAGCAACUAAAUGAUCAGGCCUGCUGAGUCAAACUGAAUCGUUUGCCUCCGAUUUUUUCAGUACAAUGUAUUUGUUUCCAAGCACUAAGAGAAUAACACAAAGAUAGCUUGCGUCCCAUGAGAUGUGGACUUUGAGAUGGAAUCCAUUUUUCUUCUUUUUGGAAUUUUCUUUUGCAUUUAUUAAGCGCUGAGACGAUAUCAUAUCUACAGGAAUCGCCCAAAGAACUGAUAUUUUUGUUUGAGGUGUGAUUGAUGAUUACAACUUAAUUAAUCAAACGCCUUGUAAUGUGAAGAUUCUUAAUGGAGUGCUGGUGGUAAUCAUCUCAUCUACAA